AUGACCCCUCCGGCCGUCACCCCGGUGCCCCCCGGCUUGGUGUCACCGGGCAUAUCCGUCGAGUUCCACGGCGAACCCGAACAGAGGCCUGCAUUGAUACACCCUCGCUCGGCGCCUCCCGAUAUGCAGCGCUUUCAGAGCCCCAUGAGACACCACCAAAGGACGCCGUCAGUUCAUCGAGAGAUCAAGGAAACGCUCGAUGCGCGGUCAGAGUACACAAACGAUGACCCGGAGGGCCGUACACACUACCGCAUCAACCAGUACGUCAUCAAGGACGAGAUAGGCCGUGGUUCGUACGGCUCCGUGCACCUGGCAACCGACCAGUACGGACACGAAUUUGCCGUCAAAGCCUUCUCCAAGACGCGGCUUAGAAAGCGCGCCCAAUCAAAUGUUCUACGUAAUGGCCCGAGGCAGUUUGGCCGCUUCCCGCCUCGCGCAGGCUUUGGCGCCCCGGAUGCGGCUAAUGAUGGCUUCUCCGACUACCGAGCAAAGGAAGCCAAGGACGCUCUCUUUUUCAUCCGCGAGGAGGUUGCCAUAAUGAAAAAGCUAGACCACCCCAAUCUUGUGCAACUGAUUGAGGUUCUGGACGACCCUGAAGAGGACACCAUGUACAUGGUUCUGGAGAUGUGCAAAAAGGGUGUCGUCAUGAAGGUUGGGCUCGGCGAAACCGCAACCCCCUACCCGGAGGAGACAUGCCGUCAUUGGUUCCGAGACCUGAUUCUCGGCAUCGAGUACUUGCAUUCUCAGGGGGUCGUACACCGUGACAUCAAACCGGAGAACCUCCUGCUCACUGAAGACGACGUGCUCAAAAUUGUUGAUUUUGGUGUGUCCGAGAUGUUUGAGAAGACGAAGGAAAUGAGGACGUCAAAGCCGGCCGGGUCACCAGCUUUCCUGCCCCCCGAACUUUGUGUCCCAAAACAUGGUGACGUCUCGGGUAGAGCAGCGGAUAUCUGGUCCAUGGGGGUUUCCCUGUACUGUCUUCGUUACGGGAGAAUCCCCUUUGAGCGCGAGGGGAUCCUGAACAUGUACCAAGCGAUCCGGACCGAAACGCCCAGGUUUCCGCAGGACGAGAACCCAGAUUUCGUCGACUUGAUGGGAAGGCUGAUGGAAAAGGACCCGGAGAAAAGGAUAACGAUGCCCGAGCUUAGGGAACACCCUUGGGUUACGAAAAGGGGGGAGGACCCUUUACUCAGUGCUGAAGAGAACUGUGCCGACACCGUCGAUCCGCCCAACCCUUUAGAGCUGAACCACGCCUUCACCAGACGGAUCACCCACCUAAUCUAUGUCAUGAAAGCAAUAAACAAGUUCAAAAGCCUUUUGGCGUCAAAAAACACCUCCAGCGGUGCCCGCCUCAGCGCCUCAGCCGAUGCCAACGCCACUGCGUCCAACCCAUCGUCCUUGUCUAGCACACAACCCCCAGAUUCAAAUCACCCUCCCAAGCCCGAAAAGAAAUCGACGGCCGAAUACGCAGCCCACCUGCUUCGCGAGCGUGAGCAGUUCCUUGCCACCGUCGGUAAAACAGGCCUUGACAGGUUACGGCCAUUACCAUCAUCACCGUCCCACCCGUCCACAGACCCGACGGCUCUUCCGCUCGAACCACCCCGCCUGCUGGGCAUUGGCACAGGCGGCAUCGACAGCUUCGGCAGCGAAGCUGAUCUGCCCGUUGCCGACGUCGUCUCUGACUCUCCGACCGCGGUGGACUUCAACAUCUAUGACCGGGCGUAUGAAGCCGAGGUAGAGAGGAUCAAGAGAUCGGCUUCUGUCACCGGCGGGAGGAGAGGUAGGGCUGCUGCUGCUGCUGCUUCUGCCGGGCAAGUGGGCCGCAUUUAUAGGACUCGGUUGAAUGAUCCUGCCUCCUCUUCUGCUGCUGGUGGUGGUAGCGGUGAGGGCAGUGGGAGGGCGGUGGAACACUAUAAAGUUGGGGAUGGGGAAGGGGUGGUGACUGAACCUGACAACGGGGAGAAGGAGGAGAAAGCGGAAACGAAGGGAGAAAGGAGGAUGCCUAGGAGCUUGUUCGACGCUUUUAGGGAGAUGAAGAGGCCUGAAAAGUCUAUGUUUGCGGACGUGGCGGCUCAGGCCAUGUUAGAAGCCAAAAAGGCCAAGGGAGAGGAUAGGCAGGCUCAGGGUUGA